GUCGGGAGUAACAUGGCGGCAGGCUCGGACCGUGUUUUUGUUUCCUGACGGAUUUUAAACGUUCAGAGGCAGAAAAGUGACGGCUGAUGGCAGGAAAACAGAGACGUUGCUGACAGGACUCUGAAUCUGCAGCUCAGGACAUCCAUCCAGCCAGCCAGCAGUCAUGGACCAGGGUGAUGGGAAGGAGCCCCCCCUGGUGGGGUAUGCGGGUACUGCAGGGAAGUGGAGCAUGACGCCUAUAGAGCGACAAGAGAGCGGAGACCGUUCCAGAUCCCGGGAUUCUGGUGAUCGUGACAGAUCGCACAAUCUGGAAAUGAGCACGGUCGGCGACUCGAGUGGUCCAGACAGGUCCAGAGAUCACAGCCACCACAAAUCAUCGAAACGACGUAAAAAGAAAAAGAAGCACUCAAAUUCAAAAGAAGAAAACAAGAACACUAACGGAGAAGUGAACCAAGCGUACGAAGAGACCGGCGAGAACAGAAACUUGUCCGAACGUCCCAAAGACGUUCCCGAACCGAUUCGGAACCACAGAACUCCCCACGCCCUCCCGCCCAUCCAGCCGGCGCAGGCUGCUAGGCAACAGUCUCCCAGGCAACAGUCUCCUAGGCAACCGUUUCCCGGGAGACAGGAAGCGGGUGAGGACGUGAUUGUGCCGAUUGAUGCGGAGGAGCUGCACAGCAGGUGGGAUGUGGCAGACGGCAGGGGCAUCCUGGGAUCUCUGGGGUCCAUGCUGGGGCUGGGCGGAAGGGAGAACUCACCUGGUACUCACCUGGAUAAGAGCCAGCUGUCGAGGUUUGUGCAGGAGCACCGGGACCAGGGGCUUCACGACGGAUCGUUCGGUGAGAUCGAGUUUGUCGGACUCGGCGGAUACACACAGAGGUCACCGUACAUCCGCGUUGGCAAGGACACAGUGCGCCCCGAGGCAUUAUGGGAGCUGAUGACCAAACACUGGCAGCUGGAGCCGCCCAACCUCCUCAUCUCCGUCACCGGCGGCGCCAAGAAGUUCCUGCUGAAGGAACGGCUCAAGAACAUCUUCAAGAUCGGCCUGGUCAAGGCUUCUCAGAGCACAGGCGCGUGGAUCAUCACAGGGGGGAUGAACGAGGGCGUGAUGAAGUACGUGGGAGAGGCGAUACGGGACGGAGUGAACAGCAUCGCGGGCGGCGAGCAGCGCAAAAUGGUGGCCAUCGGCAUAGCAACCUGGGGAACCGUGGACAACAGAAAAAGUCUACAGGGCAAGCCGCGGGUCACAACGUUCAGAGGUCUCAGGAUCCAUCAAGGGAAGAUGAAAUGCCAGAAUGAGGAGCAGCGCAAACGCUCGGCGCCAGCCGGUCAGACGAAAGAGGUCACGGAUCAGGUGACCAACCACAGUACCCAGGACUUCAACAGCGGUGACCCUGAUCCAGGCAGUGAGACUCCCCCAGUGGAACCGGUCCCCAGAGCGGGUGAAAAGCAGCCAACGUAUGACACAGGGUCUAGGGUAGCCAGCCCAAAGAAGGAAGAGUGUUUUGUUAGGAAGGAGAAGAUCAAGUGGCCCAGAGCCAGCGACAAGGCCACCUGGGAAGUUCUAGACAGCGACUUGAGUAACAUCUUAGAGCAAGGCCUCAAGGGAGAUGUCGAAAGAAAGCUGAACAAGUUUGGCAACAUGGUGUAUGACUUUUGCAGUGGGAGGCUUGGAACACUGUCGAGUGACGGUAGAUCUAGCGAACCAAGACGUAUAAGCAGAAGGCAGAAGGAGAUUUCUAAGCUGAUCAUCAGAAGGAGACAUCUGAGGAAGCUAUGGAGAAAAGCAGGUCCAGAUGAGAAAGUUGGUCUCCAAGUUCUGUGGGAGGAGGUUAGAACUAGGCUGAAGUGUCUGAGAAGAGCUGAGAGGUUGAGAAGGAAGCGUAAGAGGAAAGAGAACCAGAGGAAACAGUUUUUCAGAAACCCCUUCAAGUUUGCGAAGUCACUGUUAGAAGAGAAGAAGGGAGGGGAUCUUACCAUUGGAGUGGAAGAUCUGGAAGCCCACUUGAAAGCAACGUAUUCUGACCCAGAGAAAGACAGGCCGCUAGAUUCUCCGGGGUACGUACCAAGACCUGCAGAACCUUCAGUUCCGAUGGAUGUCACUCCCCCCGAAAUGGAGUGA